AUGAAUUACAGCCUUCACGAACAAUGCGAAGGUUCACCUCAGCGACAGAAUCCACACGAAAAGAUAGUCAGCCACGAACCUAUCUCUCGGAAACCAUAUUUGCAGGAAGCAGCUAAAUUGGUUCAACCCUCAUUUAGAGGAGAAGGUUUCUCUUCUAUCUCAGAUGUAAAGUGGGAAGAUGUUGGAGGCCUUCAUUCGUUAAGACAUGACUUUGAUCGUUACAUUGUCAGGCGUAUAAAGAAUCCUAAAGAUUACAUGGGUUUUGGAGUGGAUUUGGAAACAGGAUUCUUGCUUUAUGGUCCUCCAGGAUGUGGUAAAACAUUAAUUGCCAAGGCUGUUGCUAAUGAAGCUGGACCAAAUUUUACACACAUUAAGGGACCUGAAAUUCUGAACAAGUAUGUUGGUGAAAGUGAGUUAGUUAAUAGGACAUUAUUUACCCAUGCCAGGACAUAUGCUCCGUGCAUUCUAUUCUUCGAUGAGAUGGAUGCAUUGACAACUAAGCGUGGCAAUGAAGGAGGUUGGGUCGUUGAAAGGCUUUUGAAUCAGCUACUUAUAGAACUAGACGGUGCUGAUCAGAGGAAAGGUGUUUAUGUGAUUGGUGCCACAAAUAGGCCUGAGGUCAUGGACCGAGCCAUUCUUCGAACCUGGGAGACUUCUAUAUGUCCCUCUACCUAGUCUAGAUGAACGCGGACAAAUUGUAAUAGCUCUUGGCCGGAAAAAACCUAUAGAUGCUAGUGUAGACUUAAAGACCAUGGGAAGAGAUGAUGCCUGUAAAAUGUUAGUGGAGUGGAACUAGCAGCACUGGUUUGUUAAUCUGUUGUGUUAGCCCUCUUGUUUUACCUGCCUUUAUUGCCCCAAAUUGUUUCUGUCACGACCCGAACCGGAGCCCUGGCCGUGACGAGCAUUCCCGAACCGUGAAGGCCCGAACGCCCUCUGUCUAUCUAGUAAUCAUGCACAACAUUCAUAUAAUAAAAGAUAAUGCGGAAAU